AUGGGUUCAUCAGACGAAACAGCAUCUCACAGCAUCAACGUUGCGUCAACACAUGCGGUGGUGCCCAACUCGAAGAAUGACUCAAUCUUGGUCGGCAUGCGUGAUGGCAUCACAGGGAAAUUCUACUUGACUCCGAGAAAAGAGGCUGUAGUGUCGGUCUUUGACUCUAAUUUUCUCGUCGGCGACGGCAUCUGGACCCUUGACGCCAACGAAAUGGGUGAGGAACCCCAUGUCCAUAUUCGUCUGGUUGUCAGCCGUGGCCUCAAAUCAACACCAUACCAAAACCCACAUGUCAACAUCGGUUUGCCUCUUAUCGUCAUCAUUCCCGAGGUCAAGGCGAUCGAUCCGGCGUCAAAGGUUCGCGGCCUGCGCCUCGCAACGACUUGGGUGCGCCGAGGCCCACCCGAUGUCAAGGAUGAACAGUGGAACCACAUCUCCAAGGCCACAGAUGUUCAGGCCUGCAUCAGCGCGAACGUUAUGAACGUAGAUGAGGCACUGAUGCUCGACCUUCGGGGGUUCGUGAAAACAUGCAACUCGGUCAACUUCUUCAUCAUCCGAGGAGACGAGGUCUGGGCUCCGACAAAAGACAACCAGAUGCAGGGUAUCACGCGUCAAAAGACGAUCGAAGUAUGUCGUGCCAACGGGAUCACGGUGCGAGAGCUGGAUUUCAGCCUGACGGAGGUGUACGGAGCCGACGAGGCUUUCUGCACGGGGACUUUUCCAUCUCAAUUGCAUGUCGUGGAAGUGGAUGGGAGACAGAUUGGAGACGGCAAGAGGGGCGUGAUCACCGAGAGGAUCCAGCAGCUUUAUGCAGAGCUCGUGAUUCAAGAUGUGAGCAGAAGUCGGGACGAGAUCACGGCGGAAGUCGAAGCAACACGGGAUCUCAGGAACUUCAAAUCCAAACUGUAGUUCACUUGUUUAAGGGCUGCAGAAAGGCUUUCAUCGCACACAAUCAAUUAUCUGCAUUCACUUAGCUCGUUAUGUUUCAACUGGUAAGGCAAUGUGCCACGAAG